ACUAUGUGGGGAUUUACGGAGAAGAUGUCCUUUCUCCCAUGAAUGAUGUUGAGGUUUUUCUUUUUCUUUUUUUUAAUGUUAUUUUCUCUUUUAUUAAGGAUUAUGCUGCGUUCUGGUUUGUGCAUUUCCUUACAAAUUCUUCUCUUGCUAACUAUUGGUAUACGAACUACGAAGCUAUAAUUGAACGCGAGCGCGCGCGGGCGGGCACACACACACACACACAGCAUAAGGUGUGUCAAAUUGUUAUGUUUUCAAGAGUCGGUUGCAAGAGUAUGCUCAGAAAGUAGGGCUUUCUACACCUGUUUAUGAGACCAUCAAAGAAGGUCCUUCCCACGAGCCUUCGUUUAGGUCAACAGUAAUUGUGAACAAUGCUAGAUAUGAUUCUCUACCUGGAUUUUUCAAUCGUAAGGCAGCAGAACAGUCAGCUGCUGAAGUUGCUCUCAUGGAACUGGCCAACUCUGAAGGCACAACCGAAUGCAUCUCUCAACCAGUGCAUGAAACAGGCUUGUGCAAAAAUUUACUGCAAGAGUAUGCACAGAAGAUGAACUAUGCAAUUCCAGCUUAUGAAUGCCAUAAGGAUGAAAAAACGGCUGGUAGAGUACCCCUCUUUUCUUGCACUAUUGAGAUAGGUGGAAUUACGUAUAUUGGAGCUGCAGCAAGAACAAAAAAGGAAGCAGAAUUAAAAGCUGCCAGAACUGCUCUAUUGGCUAUCCAGUCUACUGGGUCUAAUGAGAAAUCUUCUGGCAACUCUGGGUACACGGUUAUUCCAUGCAAAAAGAGAGUGACAGAUUUUAGUGUCAAUCUCCAAGAGACUGUAGCAGCACUCAAACCAAAGAAAAGUCAUUUCAAAAAGAAACCACAGAAGAAGAGACAUUCUGGGCCUGGCGGUUACCAUGCCCAACGGGGAAAUAUGGGUAGUUUGGAUGUUAAUGGGGAUAGCGAGGCGCGGCCAGAAGUAGGUAAAACUGAUGCUUUUGGUGUCCAAGUAACAGAUUCCGUAUUUUCGCCCAUGGAAGCAACUAAGAAUUUCCAAGACGAAAGGUCUUUCAAUGGAGACAUAGAUGAUGUCUUGGUUCCCUACAAAAACGGAGAUGCAAAAGAUGUGCACUUAAAAGCUCUGAAUUUUUCCCCGAUUGAGGUUGGAACUAACAAUCCAGGAAUCAACUCUAUGAUCAGUGGAGGUGAUUUGACUUGUUUGGUCAAGGAGGUGAAUAAGAUUCCUGGAGUUGGGCAGGUGGCUUCAAUUGUGAAUAACUCUACCAUGGGUCAGGGAGAGGUACCAAGUGGCAUAAAUGGCUUGAAUGAAAGGGCAUAUGGAACAGAUGCCGGCCAAACGAAGGAGAGGAUUAUGGAGGCUUAGAUUCUGGUGAUUACUUUUUGGGUUUCUGCAGUUAGGGAAUUGUAUCAGAGGGGUCAGGAAUGAGAUACUAUUUAACAUAACCUGAAAACAGGUGUCUUGAGCAUUUAUAAAUCGACACUGGUAAGAUUGUGUUGGACUAUUCGUUUUUGAUUUCAUCUAAUGCAGGGAUAUCAUGGUGCCCUUUUAUUUAUGUCCCAUAUGCUUGUGCUUGCUAGUAUUGACAAAAUUGUAGUAGUGGCUAUACAAAGUACAACUAUUUAAGUUUACACAUUCGAUUUCUGACUAUUUUAUUGGUCAUUGAUGAAUUGUCUCAUUUUGUCA